AAAGCACUUGACAUCCAGAAAAUCACUGAUGCUUUCGCCACCAAUCACAACAACAGACGGAUUGUGCUUCUCUGAAAGCAUCAACGCAUCUGCAGAAUUCCCCGUGCUGCUCUAUACUGGCUUACGUCACAACAUUACGUCACGUUCGGUUUCCCCGUGCCCCGCUGUUCGAGGUGGAGACGGAGACGGAGAUGGGGACCGGGACCUGCUGGUGGUCCUGGCGUCUGAUACUGAUAACGUGGCUCCACUCGUCCAUGGCGCUGUUUACUGAAGAUACCACUAUAAAGGUUAUAAAUAUAUCUUACGUGUCUCAACAUAUGCAGGACUGCUGGUUUGAUUUCAAGUAUUACAAUAUUACUUGUAAUUAUAUACAUCUUUCUAUUCAUAAUAGAACGAUUCUCGAUGCCGAGGAACAUCAUCCGCCCGUAAAGAAAUUCAUGAAGUCUAAGGGAUUCGAGGUGGAAGGCUGCCGAACUGUGUUCAUGAGGUGCUACAUGGAUGACAUGGAGACGCAUUAUAUAGUUCAAGGGACGAAGGACGCCAAAAGUAAUAAUGGGACGAAGGACGCCAAAAGUAAUAAUGGGACGAAGGACGCCAAAAGUAAUAAUGGGACGAAGGACACCAAAAGUAAUAACGGGACGGAGGAUGCUGAAAGUAAUAACGGAUAUUGGAUCGCCGGGGUAGUUGUGAGCGUCCUGGUCUGUCUCCUGGCACUUGCGGUUUACUACAGCAAGGUACGUGGCCGGGAUCAACACAUUUUGCCCUUCUGCUGUGAAUCCCAAAGGAAGGUCCCCACUGAGGACCCCGCUGUGAAUGAGAGCCUGCGUGAAUCCCAGGAAACCCUGCAGUCGGAGCAGCUGCUGGACCGUCCCGAUCCCAGCUUAUGUCGACAAUCGAUUUGCUUAUCCAACUUCUGUUGAACUCGCCGUGUCUGGCAAACUUGUUCCAGAUUGCCAUCGCCUCUCCCUCCCUGCACCCCCAUCACACCUUCACCUACUUGCUUUUGUCACGGCGAAC